AUGGCGGCGCCACCGGCGAGCCUCGGCGUCGGCGCGCGCUCGUGCGAGACGGCGGAGCAGACGCGCGAGUGGAUGGAGGCCAUCGCCGCCUUCCUCGGCCGCCACCGCCCGCUCCUCGAGGCCCACGUCGUCAACUUCUUCAAGGACAGGCUGUGGGAGACGGUGGACGCCAAGUGGAUGGAGUGCCUGCGCGGGGAGCCCGUGGAGCGCCUGCUCAUGCUGCCCUCCGGUUCUGUUCAGGACCAUUGGCCAAGUUCGCUGCAGGAAUUUAUUCUCACCGCCAGGUCACUUGUUCUUCCGCGCGAGCGAAAAUCACCGCAAUCGUUUCUGCCUGAUUCGCGUGUAGCAUCAAUUGGCACUGUUCUCGCUCAAGGCAUGAACACAAAGAAGAAGCACGAAAUUGAGCAUCUAUCUGCGAUGGUUGAUGCAGUUGCGAGGAGUUGUGGAGCCAAGACAGUGGUUGAUGUGGGUUCUGGCCAGGGUUAUCUCGCACAAGCUUUAUCUUUUGAGUACCAACUCCCUGUCGUCGCAAUAGAUGCUUCAUCACAUCAUGCAUCUGUUACAAAUACUCGUGCAGAGAGGAUAAAGAAGCACUAUGCUGCUAAAUGUCUAGAGAAGCAACAGUUCACUGUGCCUAGAACUGUCACUUGUCAUGUUCUUUCUAGUGACACGUUAGCAGCUGUGACAUUGGAUGCAUGUCAAGAUGAUCAUGGUCAACAUGUAACAAAAACCAACAACUGUACUGAGACUAGUCCUCAAAAUGGGAAACCAAACCAUAACGUUCCUCAAUUAGUCCUCGCCGGUCUUCAUGCCUGUGGCGACCUUUCAGUUAACAUGCUAAGGGUGUUUGCGUCAUGUAAACAAGUACAAGCAUUGGUAAGCGUUGGAUGCUGUUAUAACUUGUUGUCCGAGGAUUGUUAUGCGGAUACAGACAGCUGCCCUGGUUUUCCUAUUAGCAAGGCUGCUAAAUCAUCUAAAUUAGUGCUUGGCAAAAGCAUCCGCGACCUUGCUUGCCAGAGUGCAGAGAGAUGGAGAAACCUCACCAAGGAAAUGGCCCUACAAAAUUUUGACAUACAUGCCUUCCGAGCAGCUUUUCAAAUGGUACUUGAGAAAUAUUUUCCAGAAGUGUCAAAAUUGAGUCCAUCAAUUGGAAGGCAAGGAAAAGCUCUCCGCCGUCAAAGGCUUCGGAAAGUUGUGGAAUCUUGUUCAGCUGUGGGGAAAACUGAUGAUUUAUCCUAUUCAAAUCCCAAGGAACAAACCAUGAACACAGAUUGUUCAUUGCCAACAGAGCCAACUGAUCCUGAAGGGGCUGUCAGAUGUUGUAGCAGCGUACAAUUUACAGGUGAUACAUACUCAACUUCAGGAGUCGAUGAUUCAUUCAUAUCAAAAGUUAACGUGGGACCAAGUGACAUCCAUCUUGAUGAAUGUCACAAGUUCACUCUUUUCAAAGAUUUCACCGCCUCUGCAUUCGGUCGUCUUGGCUGUGGUUUCGUCGAAGAUCUUCAUCUAUUUGAAAUAUGGAAGAGCGUGCAGCACUUCACUGAGUUCAUAGGUCCCUUUUGGUGUCUUCGGGCUGCUUUAGGUCCAUUGGUGGAAACAUAUAUCUUGCUUGAUCGCUUACUGUUUCUUCAAGAACAAGGAAGUGCAGUUCAAGCAUCAUUGUUUCCUCUGUUUGAUCCUGCUAUGUCUCCAAGGAAUAUGGCAGUAGUUGCUUGGAAGUUAACAGGAGAUGCUUUGUAAGCAUGACAUGGUAACACUUCUCAUGCCUGAAUACUUAGGUUGAUGGAAUGGUGUAUUGGUGUUGAAGAGUAAGAGAGACAACUACUGUGGCAGAACUGGUUCUAUCUUUAGAUAUAGAGAGAAUUUUUGUCCUUAUGGGCUACUCAAUUAUCAUGUGAAGAAUUUAUAGCUUCCGUGCAGUGAGAGUUCUAGAAGGACAUUUAGCUGUCUUUUUGCUUGCCAACUGACAUGUGGCCAGCAGAACAUGCAGGUUUGUCUUGAUUUUAUGCUGAAGAUGAUCUUUGCUGUAAAACU